UGCUCUUGCGAAAAAUAUAUUCAUCACAUACUGACAUAGACUGUCAAAAAAUAAACGAGAACGAAUUGGCACUUGUACAGUAAAUUGGGGGUUAGGGUUUUGAAGCUCGUUAAUUCAAGCAAUGGGAAGCACCGCCGUUGCCGAGAAGACUGAAGAACAGCUCCGCCGUGAAAUUAUUGAGCUACGUCGCCAACAACGCGAGAUUACAGAGAGGCUUCGUGAUCCUCGGGGAAUUCGACGUGGUGGGUUAUCAGGUUCAGGUCCUGGUAACCGCGGUUUCGUACCUGGUGGAAAUCGACAGCGCAAUUUUGCUAAUAGGAAUGAGGAGAAUCAACCUGCGCCAAAAAGGCGUCUUUCUUCUGCCGUGGUGAAGAUUGAAGAUGGGGAGAUUGUUGAUGACGAUGAUGUAAAGGACGUAGGAAACAAAGAAUCUGCAGUGGAGGAAAAGGAAAGCAUUGAAGUUGUCGAGCCGAGCCAGAAUGAGAAAAUGAAUCCUACUUGGCCUAGGAGGGUUGUUGAUCAGAGGCCACGAAUGAUGGAUUCUGAAGCCCCUCCAGUUCCUCGAGUAUUGCCGAAAGACGAAGACCCAAGUAUAGUUAAGAGGAAUAAGAGGAUGCUUGGGCAACUUCUCGGCACUUUGGAGCGUUUCAGAAAAGAAGAUGCAAAAAUUUCUGGCACUGAGGCAUACAUGCGAAGAUCUGAUUCUUUAAAAAGGGCUGAAGAAAAAGCACGUGAAGAAAGUGAAAUGUUGAGGCAGCAGGAGCGCGAGCAAAUUGCAGAAAAGCGGAGGAGAGAUUUGACUCUUAGAGCACGAGUUGCAGCCAAGGCUGAAGAGAAGGAAUUGGAGGUGUUAUUUAUUCGGUGGAGUGAGCACCACAGCAAGCUUGGGAAGUUUUUAAGGACCAAGGCAGAGCCUCCUAUUCAUUACUCGUUUGCCAAACCAUUGGAUGAAGAUGUAACUUCGGUGGAACAGCGGAAGGAAAAGAUAUUUCAAGAAUGGAAGGCUGCUAGGAGGGAGGAGUUAUCCCAAUAUCAGAAACAGCUUGCUGAGCGAUCUGUUGCCAAUGUUGAGAAGGAGCUGGAGAGGUGGCAAAAUGCAAGAAACACCCGGAAGGGAAACAAUGAUGCAUUGAAUUUGCAAGAAACUAUGGACCAAGAGUUGGAGACCCACAGGCUUGAGCAUGGACCCAAGAGAAGAAAAAUUUCUGGGGGAAGCAACAAUGAAGAUGAUGAUGUCGAAGAUAUCAACGCCGGAGAGGAUGACAUGAUGGAUGAUGUGCUAGACGUUGAUGAAAACAAUGGGAGAGGCGAACAAGCUAUUAAGGCCGACACUGAUAAUGGCAGUCCGGCUGCAGAAAAAAAGGAGGAAGUGGCUUAAGGUUUUUAUUUUUGAUGUGGUUUUAUUAUGAAUCUUUACCCUCUGUUAAAGUUGCUUGUUUUUUUACAUUAAUAUUAUUAGGAGUCCAACAAUGGGUUUAUGAUUUUGCAUUUGCGGGGUUUAUUUAUAUUCAUAUAUGUGAGCUAUAUAUCAUUCUCUAA